GGGCAGCGCCGCGGCGCGCGCGAUCUGGCUGACGCAUCGGGCCCCGGUUCCCCCAGACCAGAGCGGGGCCGGGAGGGAGGGGGAAGAGGCGAGAGCGCGGAGGGCGCGCGUGCGCAUUGGCGCGGGGAGGAGCAGGGAUCUUGGCAGCGGGCGAGGAGGCUGCGAGCGAGCCGCGAACCGAGCGGGCGGCGGGCGCGCGCACCAUGGGGGAGAAACCCGGGACCAGGGUCUUCAAGAAGUCGAGCCCUAACUGCAAGCUCACCGUGUACUUGGGCAAAAGGGACUUCGUAGAUCACCUGGACAAAGUGGACCCUGUAGAUGGCGUGGUGCUUGUGGACCCUGACUACCUGAAGGAUCGCAAAGUGUUUGUGACCCUCACCUGCGCCUUCCGCUAUGGCCGUGAAGACCUGGAUGUGCUGGGCUUGUCCUUCCGUAAAGACCUGUUCAUCGCCACCUACCAGGCCUUCCCCCCAGUGCCCAACCCGCCCCGGCCCCCCACCCGCCUGCAGGACCGGCUGCUGAGGAAGCUGGGCCAGCAUGCCCACCCCUUCUUCUUCACAGUGAGGAUGCCCCUGCCCUCUGAGGGCCAGGGGGCUGGGGCUGGGACUGCGUCUGGGGUGGGGAUACCCCAGAAUCUUCCAUGCUCCGUCACACUGCAGCCAGGCCCAGAGGACACAGGGAAGGCCUGCGGCGUAGACUUUGAGAUUCGAGCCUUCUGUGCUAAAUCCCUAGAAGAGAAAAGCCACAAAAGGAACUCUGUGCGGCUGGUGAUCCGAAAGGUACAGUUUGCCCCAGAGAAACCCGGCCCCCAGCCUUCAGCCGAAACCACACGCCACUUCCUCAUGUCUGACCGGUCCCUGCACCUCGAGGCUUCCCUGGACAAGGAGCUGUACUACCAUGGGGAGCCCCUCAAUGUAAAUGUCCACGUCACCAACAACUCCACCAAGACCGUCAAGAAGAUCAAAGUCUCUGUGAGACAGUACGCCGACAUCUGCCUCUUCAGCACCGCCCAGUACAAGUGUCCUGUGGCUCAACUCGAACAAGAUGACCAGGUAUCUCCCAGCUCCACGUUCUGUAAGGUGUACACCAUAACCCCGCUGCUCAGCGACAACCGGGAGAAGCGGGGUCUCGCCCUGGAUGGGAAACUCAAGCACGAGGACACCAACCUGGCUUCCAGCACCAUUGUGAAGGAGGGCGCCAACAAGGAGGUGCUGGGAAUCCUGGUGUCCUACAGGGUCAAGGUGAAGCUGGUGGUGUCUCGAGGCGGGGAUGUCUCUGUGGAGCUGCCUUUUGUUCUUAUGCACCCCAAGCCCCACGACCACAUCCCCCUCCCCAGACCCCAGUCAGCCGCUCCGGAGACAGACGUCCCUGUAGACACCAACCUCAUUGAAUUUGAUACCAACUAUGCCACAGAUGAUGACAUUGUGUUUGAGGACUUUGCCCGGCUUCGGCUGAAGGGGAUGAAGGAUGACGACUAUGAUGAUCAACUCUGCUAGGAAGCGGGGCGGGAAGAAGGGAGGGGAUGGGGUUGGGAGAGGUGAGGGCAGGAUCAAGAUCCCCACUGUCAGUGGGGGAUUGUCCCAGCCCCUCUUCCCUUCCCCUCACCUGGAAGCUUCUUCAACCAAUCCCUUCACACUCUCUCCCCCGUCCCCCCAAGAUACGCACUGGACCCUCUCUUGCUGAAUGUGGGCAUUAAUUUUUUGAUUGCAGCUCUGCUUCUCCAACCCCGCAGUGGGUGGCAAGCUGUGUUCAUACCUAAAUUUUCUGGAAGGGGACAGUGAAAAGAGGAGUGACAGGAGGGAAAGGGGGAGACAAAACUCCCACUCUCAACCUCACACCAACACCUCCCAUUAUCACUGUCUCUGCCCCCGUUCCUUCAAGAGGAGACCCUUUGGGGACAAGGCCAUUUCUUUGUUUCUGAGCAUAAAGAAGAAAAUAAAUCUUUUACUAAGCA